GCCGCUGCUGGGAGUGGGAGUGCGGCGCUCUGACCAUGGCGGACCCCCGAGGGCUGGACAGCGUCUCUGGCCCGGCGCCGGGGGCCCGCAGGAGGGCGUGGGCCGAGCUGCUGGCGGGAAGGGUCACGCGGCAGAAGCCCGGUCCUGGAACGGGGCGGAAGGUGCAGGACUCAGCUGUGCGUCUCCUGAGGAGCCAUCUGGACUGGAGUGGCCUGCUGCUGGAGGUAGAAGGUCCACCAUGUAAAAAAUUGUGUCUCGGCCCACUGAUUGAUCAUGACGGUCCUGAGGCCUGCUCUAAUCUUUCUACUUCAUUUAUAGGCUGCCCAGCAGACCAGAGGCUGGUCACUCACGAGGACUGUGGGCCCCACAUCCAGGUUCCACAUGGCAGCCCAAGGCCUGAGGACACCUGUGGGCUCUGCUGCUCCCAAGGCUCUGCUUUGCGGGACCAUGCCUCGCAGCUGGGAGUCCCCGUGGCAGUCCUGUCCAGCCAGAUGGCUGCCUCCAGCAUUUUGCGGAUGUGUGCGGCAGAGGCCGAGCACGCUCACAGGGUGCUGCUGGACACGGAGCAGAGAAAGAAGCUGUCUUCCUUGAUAGAGAUCACUCAGUAUUUAUUGGCACACAGUAUGUUCUCCCGUCUCUUCUUCUGUCAAGAAUUAUGGAAAGUACAGAAUUCUUUGUCACUUGAAGCUCUGUGGCGUCUUCAUGUACACAACGUUGUGAGCCUCUGGGAGCUGCUGGAAAGCUCUGCCGACCUGCAGGCCGUGGUUUCGUGGCUCUUCCGGAACCUGCGCCUUCUGUGUGAGCAGGUAGAAGCACCCUGCCAGCACACUGACAUCGCCAGGGCUAUGCUUUCUGAUUUUGUGCGAAUAUUUGUUUUGAUGGGAUUUCAGAAAAACUCAGAUCUGAGAAGAAAUGUGGAGCCUGAACAGAUGCCCCAGGUCGCCCGUGAUGUGCUGGAGAGGAUGCUACUGUUUGCACUUGAAGCUUUGGCUGCUGGCCUGCAGGAGGAGUCCCCAGCGCACAAGGCAGUGAGCUGCUGGUUCAGCAUGUUCAGUGGACAGACGUUUGGCAGUAUAAUUUCAACAGAUGCUCCAAAGAGGUUUUUCAGCCACACUCUCACUCAGAUACUCACCCACAAGCCUGUGCUGAGAGUUUCUGAUGCUGUUCAAAUGCAGAGAGAGUGGAGCUUUGCAAAGAUGCCCCCUCUGCUCACCAGUCUGUUCCGCAAGCUCUUUGUGAUACUGAGUCCUGAGGAGCUGGUUGGCCAUUUACAAGAAGUUCUGGAGACACAUGAGGUGAACUGGCAGCACGUGCUCUCCUGUGUGUCCACACUGGUGAUCUGCUUACCGGAAGCACAGCAGCUGGUUCAUGACUGGGUGGCUCGUUUGCUGGCCCGCGCGUUCGAGAGUUGUGACCUGGACAGCAUGGUCACUGCGUUCCUGGUUGUGCGUCAGGCUGCCCUGGAGGGCCCCUCCGUGUUCCCAUCAUAUGCAGACUGGUUCCAGGCCUCCUUUGGGAGUGCAAGGGGCUCCCACGGCUGCAGCAAGAAGGCACUGGUCUUCCUCUUCAAGUUCCUGUCGGACCUCGUGCCCUUCGAGGGCGCCCGGUACAUGCAGGUGCACAUUCUCCACCCGCCGCUGGUUCCCAACAAGUACCGCUCCCUCCUCACAGACUACGUCACGCUGGCCAAGACACGGCUGGCCGACCUCAAGGUUUCUAUAGAAAACAUGGGGCUCUAUGAGGAUUUGUCUUCAGCCAGGGACGUCACAGAGCCCCACAGCCAAGCGCCCCAGGAUGUUGAGAAGGCUAUCCUGCUGUUUGAGCACACGGGGAAAAUUCCUGUCGCCGUCAUGGAGGCCAGCAUAUUCAGGAGGCCCUACUACCUGUCUCACUUUCUCCCCGCCCUGCUCACACCUCGAGUGCUCCCCAGAGUCCCUGAUUCCCGAGUGGCUUUUAUAGAGUCCCUGAAGAGAGCAGAUAAAAUCCCCUCGUCUCUGUACUCCACCUACCGCCACGCCUGCUCCACUGCCGAGAAGAACCCAGAAAAUACAGCCCCGGGAAUGAAGGUGGAACCCAACUGUGUGGAUGAACCCUUGAAACUGCUCAUGAUUGCGCUGGGAGGACUCAGGGCAGCGAUGACAGACCCCGCCCAGUAUGACGUUCUGUCUGCCCAGAUUGCAGUGAUUUCUGAAAGGCUCGGCCCCGCCUUGGGCGUCAGUGAGGACGAUGGCAGCUGUGAGGCAUCGAAGAUCCAGCUCAGCGUCCUUGCCCCAGAACUGGAGCAGCAAGAACAGAAGGUGAGGGUUGUGGAUCUCCUGCUGACGUCUUUUUGUCAGAACCUGAUGGCAGCCUCCAGCUUUGCUCCACCAGACAGGCAGGGCCCCUGGGCUGCCCGCUUCACAAUGACCAUGUGUGGACACGCGCUCCUCCCUGCCGUGCUCACCAGGCUCUGCCAGCUGCUCCACCACCAGGGCCCAAGCCUGAGUGCCUCGCAUGUGUUGGGGUUGGCUGCCUUGGCUGUCCACCUUGGCGAGUCCAGAUCUGUGCUCCCGGAGGUGCAUGUGGGCCCUCCUGCCCCUGCCAGGGACCUCUCCAUCCCUGAGUUCUUCAACAGCCUCCUGACGUGCAGGACCGCAGAGUCCUCGCGCUUGUGCCUGAAGUUUUGUACAGCGGCAAUUUCUUAUUCUUUGUGUAAGUUUUCUUCCCAGUCACGUGAUAUUUUGUACUGCUGUUUAUCUCCAGGCCUUAUAAAAAAGUUUCAGUUCUUGGUGUUCAGAUUGUUCUCCGAAGCCCGAGACCCUCUCUCUCAGGAGGACACAGCCGGCCUUGCCUGGAAGCCCUUGGGCCUGCCCUCCAUGGACUGGCAGCGAGCUGCCCUCUGUCUGUGGAGACAGAGAACCUUCCAGGAGUUAUUGAAGGAGAAGCAAUUUCAUUUAACUUACAGAGACUGGUUACAGCUGGAACUGGAAAUUCAACCUGAAGUUGAUUCUCUUUCAGAUACAGAAAGGUGGGACUUCCACCAGUGGGCGAUCCACGAGCAUUUCCUGCCCCAGCCGGCUGCUGCAGGGGGCUGCGAUGGAGACCUGGAGACAGCGUGCACAGUUCUUGUCGAUGUGCUGCUGGACUUCUGCCAAAGUUCAAGGAGUCACAACCACUCAGAGAAUUCUGAUUUGGUUCUUGGUGGCUGCACAGGAAAUCGAGAUAUUUUUUCCAGAUUGCAGGAGAUGGCUGCUGACCUGGAGCAGGGCCCCGCGGCACCCUACAGCCACUCUUCCUCUCGGGGGCACUUCCUUUUCAGGGUUUUCCGCAGACGGCUCCAGGCUCUGGCAAGUGGGUGGGACGUGGCCGCCCGCCUUCGGAAACAGCAGGAGCUGCUCAUGUACAAACGGGUCCUCCUCAGCCUGCCUCCGUUGGUGCUUGUCGGCAGCCCCCAGGUGGAACAGCCAGCCGCCCCUGACUGUGACGAGUUCUUCCACUUGGUCAACUCUGAGCUGCUAAACCUCAGCAGAUGCCGUCCCUGUCCCUCCUCCCCGCUGGUUCCUUUCUCACUGGCCUGUACUGUUUUGCAGAGAAACUUCUGCUCCCAGGGAGGUGCCCUGAGCCACGACAUCACCGUCCACUUCUUCAGGGGGCUUCUCAACGCCUGUUCACAAAGUAGAGACCCCUCCCUGACAGCUAACCUGACCCUGACCGCGUGCCAGACCGAGUGCCCCAUAGUUCUGACCUCUGCUCUGUUGUGGUGGCCACGCCUGGAGCCUGAGCUUCACUGUCGGUGGAGAAGAUGCUUCCAGGGCCCGCUGCCCCCGGAGCUGCAGAGGCUUCAAGAGGCCCAGCAGUUUGCCCAGAGUUUCCUCUCUCCCGACACAGCAGCCCCUGCCCCUGGCCCAGCCUGGGUCUCUGCUGCCGCGCUGCACUUCGUGAUUCAACAAGCCGGGAAGGAAAGCGUUGAGAGCGCGCUGGAGAAGCUGGACUGCCAACGAGAGGAGCUGCUGGUUUGCCUGUUUUUCUUUUCCUUGAUGGGCCUGCUCUCAUCACACCUGACCCCGCACAUACGUCAGACCUCAUCAGCUAAGGCAGGCGACUCCCUGAAGGCUUUGCACGUUUGUGGCGAGAUCCUGGGGUUUUUACAAAAAAGGAAGAUAUCCUGGCUGGUGCUCUUUCAAUUGACAGAGACAGAUGCUGGCCUGGGGCGCGUCCUCCUCCGCCUGGCCCCAGAUGAGUACAUCAGGCUCCUGCCGCUCGCCUUCUACAGCCUUCUCUCCUACUUUGACAAAGAUGCCCUCAUCAGGGAAAAUGCAUUCCUGCACGUCGCUGUCGACAUGUACAUGAAGCUGACCUGCCUCUUUGUGGCCGGGGAGACAAGUGCAGUCUCAACUCCAGCCAACAGGAGCCAGGAGCUCCAGAGCCAGGCAGGUGCAGGGGCCGGACUUGGGACCUUCUCCAGUCAGAUGGCACAUCCCACAAACGGUGACCCUGUAGGUCUGAUAAGGAAAGCUCGUCUUUUUCUGCUGCAAUCAAUACCUCAGUGCCCGAAAAAGAGCUUCUCAAACAUGGAAGAGCUGCUGGCCACUAGUGGAGACUGGGACCCAGAAGUGAGCACUGCCCUCCUGAGCAGGCAGCAGGCCGUGUCCGACACUGACCUCUACCAGGAGCCUCAUCUCUUCUGACUGGACUCUGCGCGGUGCACAGCCCAGGUUCUUU